CCCAACCCUAAGGAUUCCCCGUCGCCGUUAAGUCGUUCGUUCCAGUGGUCGAUCGAUUGCAUCGUGGUUCGAAGAAGUUUAAUCAAUCAUGGGUAAGGUUCAUGGAUCAUUGGCGCGCGCGGGGAAGGUGAGAGGUCAGACGCCGAAGGUCGCGAAGCAGGAUAAGAAGAAGAAGCCUCGUGGCCGUGCGCACAAGCGGAUGCAAUACAAUCGACGUUUUGUCACAGCUGUUGUUGGCUUUGGGAAGAAGAGAGGGCCGAAUUCAUCUGAGAAGUAAACCUGAGGAAUUGAGAGCUCUUACAGGUUGUCUUGCAUUCUACGCCGGUGUGAUAAUUUCUUGUACUAGCUAUUUUUGGGAUCGGGCCAUUUGCUAGCUCGAUGAUAUGCGAAUGUUCGAGACAGGAAGUCUUAGCAUUCGGGAAAUCUUGUCUCUCGGGAUCUUGUGUUGACUUAUAAAAUUUAGUAUUGUGGAAUGAUUAUACUCCUUCUGUCCGCAAAGUAUGCUUUUUGAGUUGGAUAUGAGUUUGGAGAAACUAAUUUGAUAUUUUGAUUCAUUGUGACGAAUGUAGCUGUGUUUUGUGAAGCAAUGUGGGUAUGUUUUGUGAA